AUGUCGAUAUUCCCCUACGCCUACCGUAUGAUUGAGUCCUUCCACAUCACCCAAGACGAGACCCGGAUCUCGGUGUAUGCAGGCAUGCUCAUUACCGCCUUUGCUUUUGCCGAGUUCUCAACGGGGAUGGUCUGGGGCCGCAUCAGUGACCGUGUCGGCCGGAAGCCCGUCCUCAUCAUGGGGCUGUUUGGCACCGCCCUGAGCAUGAUCUCCUUCGGAUUUGCGCGUACGCUGCCCACGGCCGUACUGGCCCGAGCCCUGGGUGGUCUCCUGAAUGGCAAUGUGGGAGUUCUCCAGACUACGGUUGGGGAACUCGUCACGAGAAAGGAACAUCAGCCUCGCGCGUAUUCCAUCAUGCCGUUUGUUUGGAGCAUGGGUUCCAUCAUUGGACCAGCCAUGGGCGGUGCCCUAGCCAUGCCAUGUGACUCUUAUCCAUCUGUUUUCUCGCGAGGCGGGUUGUUUGAAUCGUAUCCUUUCCUGUUGCCCAAUCUCUUUUGUGUCUUCAUUCUGCUUCUGGGGAUCAUCAACGGCAUCCUCUAUCUGGAAGAGACCCAUGCGGAGAAGAAAAAUCGACGUGACUUUGGACUGGAACUGGGAAGAUUUUUGUUGAAGAAACUUUCCUUCAAGGCCGAGCCACGGGCAGACUGUCUGGCCGAGGUGAAUGAAGGUGACCUUCUCGCCGAACAAGAUCCGCCUCCUGGCUACCGGAGCACUGACGGCUCGCCGAUAUUGCGGUCUACUGCCACAGAAGCCUUGGAUGCGGACUUGGCAGACUUGCAGGAGAAGGAAAAGCGAGGAAUGACCAAGACUUUCAAUAGGCAUGUGAUUGUGAUCAUCGUGGCAUAUGCCAUUCUUGCCUAUCACAGCGUUUCUUUCGACGCCUUGAUGCCCACCUUCCUCAGUGAGGAGCCUCUGCAGACCAAAGUCGUCCUUCCGUUCAAGUUUUCCGGCGGCUUCGGUCUGUCCACCAAAACAAUCGGUUUCAUGAUGGCGGUCCAAGGGUUUUAUUCCAUGUUUGCACAAAUCGGUCUUUUCCCGUUCGUCGUGCGCCGGGUCGGCAAUCUUCGCACCGCUCGAAUCGUGUUGACCAUCUGGCCUAUCCUUUACUUCGCCGUGCCGUAUAUCGCCCUUCUGCCGACACACCUGCAGAGGACGGGCAUCUAUGUGUCGUUGUUGACCAAAACCACCUUCCAAGCGAUCGCAUUUCCAUCCAAUGCCAUUUUGCUGGCCAAUGCUGUUCAUUCCAAGUCGGUUCUCGGCACCGUCAAUGGAGCGGCCUCGUCGGCGGCGUGUUUGGCUCGUGCCCUUGGGCCUAUUGUGACAGGCUCAAUCCAUUCGGCUGGUCUGAAGCUGGGUUACAGCGGCCUCGCUUGGUGGGCGGGUGGAUUGAUCUGUCUUGUUGGAGCUCUGCAAAGCUACUGGAUGGAAGAAUCCGAAGGACAAGUGCACCAUACCUCCCAGGAAGAGGAAGGAAGCUCUUGCGAACCCCUUCUGCACUCGGUCACACUUGAGUCGACGGACGAUGGAGCUCUCCAACCCACCAGACAAGCCAUUAUGGACGAGCUGGAUCUCACAAAACCCCUCAAGCACGAGGUGGUCUCUGAAGCAAAGGACUAA